CAGAUAGUCUGUGGUAAAAUAAAUGGUUUAUAAUUUUAGGGUUAAGUUUAUUGACCUUUGAUGAUUUACAUGUCAGCGUCAGCGCAUAAUAAGCAGCUGCUGUGUCGGGAAACGUCUUCCACCGAAUAUCGAUAACAUAUGGGGACCUGUUAACCGUUGUAACCACUUCUUGUGCGAUAAUGUCUGCGAUUGUAAAAGUUGAAAUCAACCAAGAAGAAGAAAUAAUUGCAUCUGUGGAUGACGGAGAUUUAUUUAGCAAUGACGUCUCCGCAACAAUCAAGCGUGAAGUAAAUGAAGUAGUGAAUGAACAUUCUGAAGGUUUGUCUGGUGGCCGAUUGCGACAUUUAAGAAACUUUAAUUGUGCUCAUUGUGAUUUUUCAAGUAAUUAUAAAUCAAGUUUGAGGGCACAUUUACGAACACACAAGAGUAUUACGGAAUGCGUACAGGGUGGUUAUGCAACCAAUAAUAAAAAACACUUUAACAAGCAUUUGUUAACACACAAGAUUGCCAAGGAUAUCAAAUGUCCACAGUGUGACUAUGCCACCCAUGACAAACACAGUCUUAAAUUACAUCUGUUAACACACAAAACCGUCAAGGAUUUCAAAUGUACUCAGUGUGAUUUUGAAAGUAAUUAUAAAUCCAAUCUCAGAGCACAUUUACCAACACACAAGAGUACCAAGGAUAUCAAGUGCUUUCAUUGUGACUAUGCAACCAAUAACAAAUUCCAUUUGAAAAGGCAUCUGGUAACACACAAAACUGCCAAGGAUUUAAAAUGUGCACAGUGUGAUUAUGCAACCAAUCGGAAAUCCGAUCUGAAAUUACAUGUGUUAACACACAAAACUGUCAAGGAUAUCAAUUGUUUUCAUUGUGCUUAUGCAACCAAUCACAAACGCUAUUUUAAAAUACAUCUGCUAACACACCAGAUUGCCCCCGUUUUAAAAUGUGCACAGUGUGAUUAUGGAACCAAUCAUAAAUCCAAUCUUAAAUUACAUCUGUUAUCACACAACACUGUCAAGGAUUUAAAAUGCUCUCAUUGUGAUUAUGCAACCAAUAACAAAUACAAUUUUAAAACUCAUAUGUUAGGACACAAGACUAUCAAGGAUUUUAAAUGUGCACAGUGUGAUUAUGCAACUCAUAACAAAUUCAAUUUUAAAAAUCAUCUGUUAACACACAAAACUUCCAAGGAUUUAAUAUGCACACAGUGUAAUUAUGCAACCAAUAACAAAAAACAGUUUAAAAGACAUUUGUUAAAACACAAGAUUGCCAAAGAUUUCAAAUGUGCACAGUGUAAUUAUGCGACCAAUAAUAAAUCAUCCUUUAAAAGCCAUUUGUUAACACACAAAACUGCCAAGGAUUUAAAAUGUGCACAGUGUGAUUAUGCAACGAAUUAUAAAUCGCUUCUUAAAAGACAUCAGUUAACACACAAAAUUGUCAACGAUAUCAAAUGUGUGCAGUGUGAUUAUGCAACCCAUAACAAAACCUAUCUUAAAUUACAUCUGUUAAAACACAAGACUGUCAAGGAUUUCAAAUGUGCACAGUGUAAUUAUGCAACCACUAACAAACGCAAUCUUAUAUUACAUCUGUCGACACAUAAGACUGCUAAGGAUUUAAAAUGUGCCCAAUGUGAUUUUGCAACAGGUGACAAAUCUAAGCUUAAAUUACAUUUGUUAACACACAAGUCUGUUAAGGAUUUCAAAUGUACACAUUGUGACUAUGCAACCAAUAACAAUUGCCAUUUUAACACACAUGUGUUAAGACACAAGACUGUCAAGGAUUUCAAAUGUGCACAGUGUGAGUAUGCAACCCAUAACAAAUUUAGUUUUAAAAAUCAUCUGUUAACACACAAGACUGCUAAGGAUUUAAAAUGCGCACAGUGUGAUUAUGCAACCAAUAAUAAAUCACACUUUAAAAGACAUCUGUUAAUACAUAAAACUUUCAAGGAUAUCAAAUGUGCACAGUGUGAUUAUGCAACCCGAGACACAACCAAUCUUAAAGUACAUGUGUUAACACACAAGACUGUCAAGGAUUUCAAAUGUGCUCAGUGUGAUUUUGCAACUAAUUAUAAAUCCAAUUUCACAGCGCAUUUACAAACACACAAGACUACGAAGGACAUCAAAUGCUUGCAUUGUGACUAUGCAACCAAUAACAGAUUCCAUUUUAAAAGGCAUCUGCUAACACACAAAACUGCCAAGGAAAUCAAAUGCGCACAGUGUGAUUAUGCAACCCAUCACAAAUCCAAUCUUAAAUUACAUCUGUUAAGACACAAAACUGUCAAGGAUAUCAAAUGCUUUAAUUGUGCUUAUGCGACCAAUAACAAACUUUAUUUAAAAAAACAUUUGUUAACACACAAGCGAGCACAUAAGACUACUAAAGAUUUGUAAUGUAGUCAGUGUGAUUAUGCAACCAAUAAUAAAACACACUUUAAUGUACAUGUGUUGAGUGAGACACAAGAUUUAUGAAGGCGUGAAUAGACUGCCAAAUUGCUGUCUGCCCUUUUCAGGGAAUUGGGCUAUUUGUAAUUAAAAAUUAGAAAUGCCAACGUUUAGGUUUAUUGUACCUACUUACAUAAAUCUUUAUCCAGGCCUAAACAAUGACAAUUGUAAUAUAUUAACUUAGAAUAAACACCUAUUGCUAUCUAAUCUUAAUUGUAAUAAAUACGUACGUUAUUAAUGUUAUUCUGCUUGCCUGUUGAUGCAGAUGUAGGCAUAGUAUAAUGAUGUAGGGUAAUACAGCAAAUUUCAUUAUUGUCAAACUUGACAUGUACUUAACCCCCAGGUUCUGGGCUUCGCACUACAAGAACACGGAAAAAAAAUCAAAUCAAACAUAAGUAAGGCAGAGCCCCCUUGCGUUAGUUGUAAACCACGCUAUGACCUGAGGGAAGGAACACAAAAGAAACCAAUAUAA